AUGAACGCACUGCGCAAGAUCAUCCACGUCGACAUGGACGCCUUCUACGCGUCGGUGGAGCAGCGCGACGAUCCGUCACUGCGUGGCAAGCCGGUGGUCGUGGCAUGGCGCGGCGCCCGCUCGGUGGUGUGUGCGGCCUCCUACGAAGCCCGCGUGUUCGGCGUGCGCUCGGCGAUGCCGGCGCUGCGUGCUGAACGCCUGUGUCCGGAUGCGAUCUUCGUGCCGCCGGACUUCUCGCGUUACAAGGCGGUGUCACGCCAGGUGCGCGAGAUCUUCCUGCGCCAUACCGAUCUGGUCGAGCCGCUGUCGCUGGACGAGGCCUACCUGGACGUGACCGAGCCGAAGAGCGGCAUCGAGCUGGCCACCGAUAUCGCCCGCACCAUCCGCACGCAGAUCCGUGAAGAAACCCAGCUGACCGCUUCAGCCGGGAUCGCGCCGAACAAGUUCCUGGCCAAGAUCGCAUCGGACUGGCGCAAGCCCGAUGGGCAGUUCGUGAUUCCACCGCAGCGGGUGGACGCGUUCCUGCUGCCGCUGCCGGUGAACCGGGUGCCCGGCGUGGGCAAGGUGAUGGAAGGCAAGCUGGCCGCGCGCGGCAUCGUCACCUGUGGCGACCUGCGGCAGUGGGCGCUGGUUGAUCUGGAAGAGGCGUUCGGCAGCUUCGGCCGCAGCCUGUACAACCGCGCACGCGGUGUGGACGAGCGGCCGGUGGAACCGGACCAGCAGGUGCAGUCGAUUUCUUCGGAGGACACCUUCGCCGAAGACCUGCUGCUGGAGGACCUGAGCGAGGCGAUCGUGCAGCUGGCGGAGAAGACCUGGCAUGCCACCCGCAAGACCGAGCGCGUCGGCCACACCGUGGUGCUGAAGCUGAAGACCGCGCAGUUCCGCAUCCUUACCCGCAGCUUCACCCCGGAGCGCCCGCCGGAAUCGAUGGAAGAACUGCGCGACAUCGCCCUGGCCCUGCGUGCCCGCGUCGACCUGCCGGCCGAAACCCGCUACCGCCUGGUGGGCGUCGGCCUGGGCGGUUUCCGCGAAAAGGAGCCGGUGGUGCAGGGCGAAUUGUUCGAGCACGGAACGAACGAUUCUGAAGGAAAUUGA